ACUCAUCAGGACAGCCACGCCCAUCUUGCACUCCACGUGGACCCACCAAACCAAAACGCUAUCUCUACUGCACUGAAGAUAAAGCCUUAGAUCAAGCUAUUGCUGCCCAAAACUAGCUGAUAAUGGACUCUCCUAAGCUAAAGAACAUUGCUACUCUAGAAGGGCACCUGGAACGUGUGUGGAAUGUGGCCUGGAAUCCUACAGGCACACUGUUAGCAACAGCCGGGGCAGACAAGACAAUUCGUAUCUGGGGCUUGGAGGAUGAGCAGUGGGUGUGUAAAACUGUCCUCAGUGAUGGCCAUCAGAGGACCAUCAGAUCAGUGAGUUGGUCACCAUGUGGUAACAUGCUGGCAUCGGCCAGUUUUGAUGGCACCGUCUGUAUCUGGGACAAGAGGAGUGGAGAGUUCCAGUGCACGAGUACGCUGGAGGGUCACGAGAACGAGGUCAAGUGUGUAGUGUGGUCAGUGUCUGGAGCCCUCCUCUCCACGUGCAGCCGAGACAAGAGUGUGUGGGUGUGGGACGUGCUGGAUGAUGGGGAGGAGUUUGAGUGUGCCAGUGUCCUCCAUCACCACACACAGGACGUCAAGUGUGUACGCUGGCAUCCAACUGAGAAUUUGCUGGCCUCUGCUAGUUACGAUGAUACUGUCAAAAUAUACAAAGAGGAUGAUGAUGAUUGGACUGCCUGUGCUUCCCUGGAGGGCCAUGAAUCUACCGUGUGGUCCAUAGCAUUCGACUCCACUGGGGAAAGAUUAGCUUCUUGUAGUGCUGACAAGACUGUGAAGAUAUGGAGAUCAUACAAGCCUGGAAAUGAACAAGGUGUCCCCACUCCCUCCAGUGACCCAGUGUGGAAGUGUGUGUGCACACUGUCAGGACAGCAUAACAGGCCCAUCUAUGACAUCAACUGGUCGGCCUCUGGUGCUAUAGCGACUGCCGGUGGAGACGACAUCAUCAGGAUAUUCAGAGAGACUCCCGGAUGCGAUGCACAUCAACCAACGUUUGAUCUCGUGUGGGAACAACCAAAGGCCCAUGAGAGCGAUGUCAACUGUGUGACGUGGAAUCCUAAGAACUCAUCUAUGUUAGCUUCAUGUUCUGAUGACUGUAAAGUUAAGAUUUGGAAUUUUUCAUAAACACUUAUAAUUAUAUAUAGGAAGAAUCAACAGAAUGCAAUUUAUUGCUGGCCAGUUCUAUCAUUAUAAUUUGCUAUAAUUAUAGCAGUGUAUUUUAGUUAGUGUCUUUUGUGUCUAUAUUCUUUGUAUGUUUUCCAAAUGAACAAUGUUGUCAGAAAGUUAA